AUGCAAGAUCUUACUGGGAAACCAGCUGGUGAUAAACCAGAUGAGUUGACCGCGAUCACGCGAUCUGGUCAAAGCGUUUUCAUGUCUGUUUACAAGACCAAAGUGGGUGAUCAGUGUUGGUUGAUCACCAUCACUUGGUGCAAGAACAUGUUACUUCAUGGCUUAUCAGUGUCUAUAGACGGUCCACACGUCGAAACCAAGUGCAAAGUCGAGCUAAAACCAUGGUACUUUUGGCGUAAACAAGGGUCCAAAAGCUUUGUUUUAGAUGGCAAGGCCAUUGACGUUUUCUGGGAUUUAAAAUCCGCAAAGUUUCAUGGUGAAACCGAGCCGAGUUCUGAGUAUUAUGUCGCGGUUGUUUGUGACGAUGAAGUUGUCCUUCUACUUGGAGAUAUGAAGAAAGAUGCGUAUCGAAAAACAGGCUGCAGGCCUUCUUUAACUGAUCCAGUUUUAAUAUCAAGAAAAGAACAUGUUACUGCGAAGAAAAAGUUUUCGACACGAGUCAAGUUUCAUGAAAAGGGCCGCUUUCAUGAGAUAUCGAUCGAGUCAAAGAACAUAAGUACUGAUCAUGGGGUGGAUUGGGAAAUGGAGAUAAGAAUUGAUGGGCAUUUGAUGAUUGAUGUGAAACAUCUUCAAUGGAAGUUUAGAGGUAAUGAAUCAAUUAGUUUCAAGAAAGUAAAUAUUGAAGUUUUUUGGGAUGUUCAUGACUGGCUUUUUAGUCCUGGUGUAAGGCAUGCACUUUUUAUAAUCAAUUUGACCUCUCCGGCAGCCGCAUUUCCGGCAGCUUCUCCGGCAAUAUCGUGGUCGUCGCGGUUAGCAAGCCCGGGUUCAACCGAAGGGUUUGAUGCAAGUGAGUUGUAUGAGUUUAGCCUGUUCCUCUAUGCUUGGAAGCUUGAAUGA